AUGGCCGCCUCCACCAUGUCUGUCUGCUCCGACGCCCACACCGAGUCCUUCUGGCAGGUGGACGACUGUCCAGAGAGUUACUGUGAGCCCUGCUGUGCCCCAAGCUGCUGCCAGUCCACCUGCUGUGCUCCGGCCCCCUGCCUGACCCUUGUCUGCACCCCAGCGAGCUGUGUGUCCAGCCCCUGCUGCCAAUCCACCUGCCCCAGCUCCUCCACACCAUGCUGUCAACAGUCCAGCUACAGCUCCUCCCCCUGUGGCAGCUCCUCCCCCUGCUGUGUGACCCUCUGCUGCAAGCCCGUCUGCUGCACACCAGUCUGCUGUAAACCUGUCUGCUGUGAGCCAGUCUGCUGUGGGUCUUCCUCAUCCUGCGGCCAACAGUCCAGCUGCCAGACCUCGGGCUGCAGCUCCUCACCCUGUGGCAGCUCCUCCCCCUGCUGUGUGACCCUCUGCUGCAAGCCCCUCUGCUGCACACCAGUCUGCUGCAAGCCUUCGUCCUGCUGUGUGCCCCUCUGCUGCAAGCCCGUCUGCUGCAGACCCUGCUCCAGCAUGUCCCUGCUCUGCCGCCCCGUGUGCAGACCCGCCUGCUGCGUGCCCGCCUCCUCCUGCUGUGCCUCCUCCUGCCAGUCCAGCUGCGGCCUUGGGUCCUCCUCUGUGUCCCUGCUCUGCCGCCCGGCCUGCUCCAGCCAGGCCUGCUGA